AUGGCUUCAUCAGCCCUGAACCUGAAAUCCGGCGACUCAAAGCCAGCGGCCACUGCGCUGAUAGCUACGUCUGAUGAGCCGAACAAAUCGCCCAAACACUAUCGCGGCUUUGUCGCUGGUGUCUUUAGUGGCAUUGCGAAGUUGUCUGUUGGACAUCCAUUCGAUACCGUAAAAGUCCGCCUACAGACGACUGAGAAAUCGCAUUUCCGAGGCCCAGUAGACUGUCUGAUGCAGACGUUGAGGAAGGAGGGGUUCGCGGGGUUGUACAAGGGUGCUACACCACCGCUGGUAGGAUGGAUGUUCAUGGACUCGAUUAUGCUAGGAUCACUAAGCGUAUACCGCCGCGUCCUCAACGACCGAGUCUUCAAUCCUCCUUCCCACCUCCGAUUCGGCGAACAGCAGAGUAAACUGCCCGUGUACGGCCACGCAUUAGCAGGCACAAUGGCAGGAUGGACAGUGUCCUUUAUCGCUGCGCCGGUCGAGCACAUCAAGGCACGCCUCCAAGUGCAAUAUGCUGCUGACAAGAGCGCGCGUCUAUACUCCGGACCCAUCGACUGCCUGAAGAAGAUAUACACCGGUCAUGGACUGAGAGGAGUGUACCAUGGUCUCAGCGCGACGCUCCUCUUCCGCACCUUCUUCUGCUUCUGGUGGGGAACCUAUGACCUCUUCACACGCCAACUACAACAACAUACCGCCCUCUCAGCACCAGCCGUCAACUUCUGGGCUGGAGGCUUGUCAGCACAAAUAUUUUGGCUGACCAGCUAUCCGAGUGAUGUGAUAAAGCAGCGCAUCAUGACAGAUCCGCUCGCACAGCGAAGAUUUCCAAGGUGGAGAGAUGCGGCGAAAGCGGUCUACAGGGAGCAAGGCUGGAAAGGCUACUGGCGAGGUUUCGUGCCAUGCUUCCUAAGAGCGUUUCCAGCGAACGCCAUGGCAUUAGUGGCAUUUGAGGGUGUCAUGAGGAGUCUGCCGGAAUAA